UUCACAGAAUCACAGCUGACAGUAGUGAGUAACAGCUGACAGUAGUGAGUAGGUCUAGGAGGUAGUUGUGAUGUCAAUUUCGCAAAAACAUUACACAUUUUAAACUUACGUGUAAUCUUUUUUUAUAGUUUAUAUAUUAUUUAUGUAUUAAAUAAUUUAGUAGUGUUUUAUUCUGUUACAUAAUGUUUAAAAUGAUAUUCUAUAUUUUCGAAUUGAAGAAAGAGUUACUGGUGUGCUUAUCGUUAUCGGUACUUUAUAUUACUUACUACCUAGUGGAAGUCGUCAAGAAACCAUUGUUAAUAUGCGGCAAAGGAGAAUUUCGACAAUUGCUCGAAGAGAAAGUACCUCUACUAAAUGAACCAUAUUGGCCUACACCAUGGUGUGUGGAGUCGAGGCUUCAGACAGUGAUUGCCUCUGUCCUUCGUUCACGAAUUUUGCCAACUGUGAAUUAUCGAAGAGAAAUACUCCGGUUAUCGGACGGGGGACAAGUGGCACUGGACUGGGCGGACGCGCCGGGCGCGUGUGGCGACAAGGCGCGGCCGCUGAUGCUGGUGCUGCCCGGGCUCACGGGCGGCUCGCACGCGGACUACGUGCGCUGCCUCGUGGCCGCCGCGCGCCAGCUCGGCGCGCACUGCGUCGUCUUCAACAACCGCGGCCUCGGCGGCGUGCCGCUCACUACGCCCCGGCUGUACUGCGCCGUGAGCCACGAGGACCUGGCGGAGGUGGUGGAGGCGGUGCGCGGGCGCGGCGGGCCGCUGCUGGGCGUGGGCGUGUCGCUGGGCGGGCUCAUCCUGGGUCACUACCUGGUGGCGCACGGCGAGCGCGCGCGCCUGCACGCCGCGCUCAUCGUGUCGUCGCCGCUGGACGUGGAGCGCGGCUCGGCCUGCAUCGAGCGGCCGCCGCUCAACGCGCUGCUGUCGCGGCACAUGGCGCGCAACCUGCGCAACACGGUGCGCGCGCACGAGCCGCUGCGCGCCGGCCCGUGGGACUGGGCCGCCGUGGACGCGAGCCGCUCCGUGCGCCAGUUCGACGCCGCCUUCACCACCAAGCACUUCGGCUUCCCGUCCGUGGAGCACUACUACCGCGCGGCCACGCUGCGCGGCAAGCUGGGCCGCGUGCGCGUGCCGCUGCUGUGCCUGUGCGCCGCCGACGACCCCUUCCAGCCCUUCGACGUGCUGCCGCUGGACGAGGUGGCGCGCUGCAGCUGCGUGGCGCUCGCCGUGACGGCGCGCGGCGGCCACAUCGGCUUCCUGGAGGGCUGGUGGCCGCCGCGCGCGCCGCGCCGCCAGUACAUGGCGCGCCUCGCCGCGCAGUACUUCGGCGCGCUGCUGGCCGACCCCGCACGCCUGCAUGCGCCCCAAGUGUGCGGCUAGCGGCCCGCCGCCCGCGACCCGCCGCCCGCCGCUCGCCCGGCCCGACACGGUCUCGUACAUCUUUUAUAAUUUCAUUUAUCAUAUUUUGUUAUUGGUUAGCUCACACGAUAGACGCCGUUGGCCGUAUCGACGAAUGACGAUCCCUGUCAUAUAAUUCUGUACGAAGUGUAUUAUUAAAUAUUAAUGUAAAUAUUUAAACUGCAGCUGCGACUACUGAGCUUGAAACUUAAGGUGAUAGGCAUAACGAGUUCGUCAUAAUGCUAACGGCGAGUGUACAUAUUGUCUACCUGUUAUGUUUCAUUGCAAGAUGUAACGUAACAUACGUUACAUCGUUAAGUAUUUAAAUACCUAUACUUGGCAUGUGCCGUGUUUAUCGCAAUAAAUUGCAUAAAUAUAUUAAAAAGUAAAAAAAAGUAAUCCGCUAUAAGUAAUUGUUAUCAAUAGAAGAAACACACUUCUUUCAAGGGAAUGCUCUUGUUUAUCAGCACCCUCACUCGUUGAUCAUUUGUGGCCUGUACCUUCUACCUAGUCCUUUAUAAUUAUUGGCAUCUAUCAAUUCAUUACAAUUAUAGUUUUAUUAUUUAUAUAGAAUCAUUAGUAGAUAAACUGUACGGAAACAAAGCAUCAAAAAACCGCGCGAAUCGUUUGCAAUACUGCGAGUUUACUGUACUGCGUUUUUUGGUUGCCUAAAGACGCUGACAGGUAAAAUCUACUUUGAUUGGAUAACAUUAUGUUCCUAUUUGAUCAAAAUCGGUUUAGAAACAUUCAUAUUAGAAUUUCCUGCCUACCCUCUAAGUGAGGUAGCGUCAUUUUAGGCCUAUGCGUUAUUCUGAGUCUUCAUUACGAUGACAUUUUGUAUGUAUGUAGCAUACAUACAUACAAAAUGUCAUCAUAAUCGGUUCAGUAGCAUUUGCGUGAAAGAGUAACAAACAUCCAUCCAUCCAUACAUAUGUACAUACAUACAAACUUUCGCCUUUAUAAUAUUAUAAGGCGUACAUAUUAUUUCAAAAGAGAUCAGUUAUGUAAUAAAUUAAUUUACUAGUGAGGUAACAAUGAUACAUUUUUAUGUUUCGUUCGAAACCCAACAACAACUUACCAUGCAUAGUUCGUGCCUUAGGUACGUGCGUACGUAUUUUUAUAAAAUUUGAGACAAAGUAAGAGAGUAAUUUGCAAUUUCUUAUGAAGUUUCUUCUCUGUACAGUUUAUCUACUCAUAUCAUCAUCAAGUGAUAAUUCCCUUUCUCUUAUUCGGAGAAUUCGUCUAUUUACAAUCCGUUAGGUUACUUUUAAUUUUAGAUUUAAACAAUAAUUACGUAUACACUGUUGAAGCAUUAUUUAUUUAUACAUUGUUUUAUUAGCUAGGUACUUGAAGUAUUUUUCUGAUAUUAUAAUUGUUUGUUUUAAAUUUAAUUGGAAUAAAAUGAAAAAAAAAACUUAUUUUAGACUUUCCAAAGUAUCACAGUAUUAGCUUAAUAGAAUAUUAUCACAUUACUGAUCAUCAUCAUCAUCAUCAAGCGACAAGCAUUAUGACCGUCACUCGCUUUGCUAUAAGUAUCUCUAUUCUUUUUUAUAUCUAAUAAUGUUAUUCAUCACAAGUUUAAAUAAGAGAACAAAGGAAAAGACAAUAUUAUAAUGCCUACUAUUUAGUAUUUUAAUCGUUUAUCAGGUGGAAGGCUGUGUUGACCAUUUAACGUUAUGGCAACUAUCUGUAAUGAAAAAUGAACUAGGUAUAUCUAUAACAACUUAGUGCUGUAACUAUACAGAUAGUUAUAUUAACAAUAAAAUAUGUAAAUGUUAAUGUAUUUAAUGUUAUAUAUAUUAUAAUAUCAUACAUAUAUGUAUAUACAACAAUUAUUAUUAUUGUUAUCGAUUUAAAAAUAUAUGACUCGGCCAUUGAGUUACUAAGUAUGUAAUGGUCUCGGUAGGUACCUACUGGGUUCUACUAAACAUAUUAUGUUUUUUUAGUUAUAAUAAUUGUUUUCCAAUUAAAAUAUCUUAUGUAUUUGUAUAAUAUUAUAGGUAGUUAGAAUAAUCACCAAAAUGCCUUUAAAAUAUAUUAUUAUGUCGUGAAAAUAAAUUAUAUUUAAAGUUUUCUAUCUAUCGGUUGUGUAGGUACAUAGUUAAUAAACUAAUUAACUACAUAUAUACAAAUUAUUAAGUAAUUAUUUACAAAUUUACGCACUGCUCAAAAUACGAUAUCGAUAUUAUGGUAUAUUUUUAUGUAGCAUAAUGGACAAGCUUUAAUAUUGUAAUAUUAUAAGGUGUUUGGUUUGUACACUAACUUCCUACUUGGAGAAAAUUGUGUAGGUACUAAUCGUUUUCCUAACUCUUAUACCCUACAUGUAACAUGUUGAUUUUGACUAAUUUUUGUUAUAAGUAGCGCAUUUUAAAAUUAAUAUUCUUGUUCCUGUUGUGUAAAGUAUGGAGUUUAUUAUGGUUUUUUAACUUGCGUUCGCGCGUAUUUGUUGAAGAAGCAUCUGUGUUACAAGUACCUAUGUGUCGUUAUAUUUGUGGUUGUAUCGGACCACUCACAGAGGCCCGAAUGUUGUUGUUCUCCCGUUAAGGCCCCGGACCUCGAUGGCGCGAAAACUUAUUUGCCACUACUAAAAUUUAAUCCAGUGUGCAAUGCAAGCACUUUGUGUGCUCCGCACGCUUCGCGGGCCGGGACCGCAUUUUUAUUUUUGUAUUUACUUUAUUUUACCACAUAUUUUACUAUGCUAUAAUAAUAAAUAUAAUGCGUCUGGAAUGACAAAACAAUACAUACACUGGCACUUUCAUGUCACCAAAGCUUGAAUCGCCACAUAAGCACGAGUGUAGUAUACCCUGGGCACACUGGGCCCCGCCCUCUGCGGGCACCGAACGUCCCGGCACCUUCAAUUGAUAAGAGAACAAAUUGCGUCCAAAGAGAUAAUAAGGAACUGUCUGUGAUGUUAGAGCACGGGAGCUCGUGCACACGCGGCUACGCACAUAUCUAUCUUUAUAUCGUUUUACUAAUAAAAUAUGUUAAAAAAAUU